AUGGCUUUGUUUUGCAGCACGGUGUUUGCCAAAAGACUGAUUAUCAUUACACCGUCUGGGGUGGGAAUCGACUUGUCCUCUACCCAGUACCUCAGGCUAACUGUAGCUCAGGUAUUUGACGACACAGCCUCGGGCCUCUGUGGGAACGGAGACAAGUACGAUGAUAUGCGGACCAGGAGUGUGUGUGUGGACCCCGGCUCCAAUUCAUGCUCUGCCCUGCUCCAGCCUGGCUCUUCACCAGCUGUCUGUUUUGAGGGCUGUCAGUGCAGCGAGGGAAAUGUGUUUGAUGGCAACAAAUGUGUACCAUACAGUUGGUGUGGGUGUGUCCACCAAGAUGUAUAUCAAGGGGGUGUCACAGUGAUCUUGAGGAGAGACACCGGGAUGGAGUCUAAGCUGGAGAUGGGGAUUGGUGUUACCAUGGUGACAGCCAAUGUCCCUCUCGGGCAAAUUUGUAUGGUCUCUGUGGAAACCUUAAUGACCUCCAAUAGCACAGUUCAGUCGAGUUAUGGGUUCUCCAUGACUUUCCUCUCUGUCACAUCACUGGAUGAUAACUGACUGUUCUAUUGUCCUGACUAAUGUGUUUGGUUG